AUGGACGACAGUCGAUGCACCUGUGGCAUCGUGCCCUGUAUUUGUGUAGGAGACGUCGAGGGCGCCGUCGACUUUCUCGACGAAGGUCAUGAUAGCCACGUACCCACCAUCGGCGAUGCCGUGGAUACGAAGUCGAAGCUGCGCCUGCUCUUCGCAGCCGAUGCCACGUCGCAGUGCGUGAGCUGUAUGAUGCUGCCGUGUAUCUGUCCUGCUGACGACGAGGCCGCGUGCGUGCAGGCCACGCGCUCGCCGGCGUCUGGUCACGAUGUGGACGCUGUCGAUGAGGAGACGGACGAGUAUGGACGAGUUCGACUGGGUGUGCCCUUCGCUACUACUCGUCAAGUACAGAGAGAUGACGACAUGUGGAUUGCGAAAGAGAUCAAAGCAUUGCUCAAGCCCCACCAGAGAGAAGGCGUGCGGUUCUUGUACUCCCAUGUGGUCGCUAAGCGUGGGUGCAUUCUGGCAGACUAUAUGGGUCUCGGCAAGACGCUUCAAGUGAUAACGGUCAUUUAUUCCUUCAUCGUUGACGAGAUUGAUGCGCGAAAACAAAAAAGAGAUGCGACGCGCAGCUGCACCGUCAUGGAAACAGGGUCACUGAAAACAGAAGAAGAGGACAAGAAGAAGGAUGCGGACCCUCCGGCGACAGUGCUGGUUCUAUGCCCUGCCAUCUGUUUGUCAAAUUGGGAUUCUGAGUUCGAAAAGUGGUUGAGUGUCGAGGCACGUGCACGUUGCCCGGUCGUCUUGUUCGAUUCGUUCACGACUAAGGGCACCACUGCAGGCCGCAUGCGACUUUUACAGCGCUGGAAACGCACCGGCGGUGUAUUGUUGAUGGGAUACGAGAUGUUUCGUGGCUUAUUAAAUCCAACCAUUGCGUCAGUAAGCACCAGUCCUGAGAAUACUACAUCCAUCCGAGUAUGCUCGCGUAUGGCUUCAGCUACAAUGGAGAUUACUAGUGCUUCUGCGCGCGAAACUGCUCAAAUACAGCGUACAGCACGAGAGUUUAGGCGGUUGCUUUGUGCUCCAGGAGCAAGCCUUGUCGUCAUGGACGAAGGACACAGAAUGAAAGACCCAAGCUCGUUGCUGUGUCAAAGCGUGGCCCAGAUUCAAUCUCCUCGACGUUUGGUACUCACUGGGUAUCCUGUGCAGAACUCGUUGUCGGAGUAUUGGUGCAUGGUCAAUUUUGCGCGGCAAGGCUUUCUGGGUACUUAUGACGAGUUCCGAGCGAAAUAUGAGCGCCCAAUCGUGGGAGGAAGCACGACGCAUUCGCAAGAGCUAAUUGAAUUGCUACACAGUGUCGUGCUGCGUAGAGGCAAGGCAUUGCUAAGUUCCCAGCUACCACCAAAAAAAGAGUGGAUCUUGUAUUGCAAGCUCUCUCCAGUCCAGCAUCGAUUAUACUGUGACUUCCUCGAGUACUACAACGAUGGUGCCGGAGCCUCUGCCGACCUCUUGACUGCUUACGCCGCACUUCUUCAAGUGAUGAACCACCCGGAUAUUAUCUAUUCGAAGCUUUGUCCGACCGGAGAUGAUGGUUCCGCACUACAGCUGGGAAGUGACAAUGAACCGACCAACGUAUUGCAAUCGUCGGAUGGAUUAAGUGGUUGGGCGUGGGAGAGCGAAGAGCGCUUGCAGGUAAAGCAACAAAACGUUGUAGCACAACGGCGUCGAAAGCGGCAGAAGCUUACGGAUACGCAAAAUGCCUCGGUAUGGGCACGAUCCGUAAUAUUUGGUGAGAACGACCAGGGAAUUGAUAAGCCGAUACAGGGUAUGACGGACAAUUAUCAAACGCGAGUGCUGGAAAACAGUGGUAAGAUGCUUGUACUCUUGCGCAUCGUAGAAGAGAGCUUUGCCUGUGGCGACAAGGUUGUCGUGUUCUCCCAGAGUGUUCCUACGCUCAAGGUCAUAUCAGACUUUCUGCAUGCGAGCUCUUUUAGCCCAUCAAGUACUACGGACGACUCCUCAAAAGUGCAUGAGGACUCGAACAAGAGCAACUUUAAGUGCCGCAGGAUCGCUACACGACCGAAUCGCGACCCUGCUGGAAUAUUGCGAAAGCGUCGAAUUCAUGCAGCAGCUGGCAGCUCGCGUACUCGCAUGACCAGUAAUGAUUCUGCUACGGUAAGUAAUACGGAUUCAAAGGAGUGGUUUUUGCAGAUUGAUGGCAGUACGAAUAGCGCCAAACGCAUGGAGUACAUUCAGCGAUUUAGCGCGAUCGGUUCACCUGUGAAACUGUUGCUGGUGUCUACGCGCGCCGGUGCUGAGGGCAUAAAUCUCCACGCUGCCAACCGCCUAGUGCUGUUUGAUGUCAGCUGGAAUCCUUCAAACGACCACCAGUCAAUGUGCCGCUCUCACCGCAUCGGUCAGGCGAAAAGCGUGCACGUGUAUCGGCUUGUGAGCACAGGCACUAUGGAACGCAUGAUAUACGAACAGCAAAUGAAGAAGGUCGACUUGUCCACUGCAGUGGUGGAUAGUGACGAGCUCAUCAACGACAAGAAGGGAGCAGCAGAUCCUUAUAGUCCUGCAAGAACAGAUGUCGAUGCAGCAGUGAAGGAGGCAGAGAACUCGGUACCGUUUAGCGGCUUUCUCCAGCCGCCCGCAGAGAUCAACUAUGACAAGGAAGUUGUUGUGGACGAGACUAUUGUCGAAGACGAUCCAGUCUUGGCAUCGUGUGUCAAACAGUUGGGUCGGUGGCUAGUAGACGUUCGCCGCAUUGGCGAACCUACAAGUGACAGGAAUCAGCCAGAGUAG